ACGUGUGUGAAGUACAAAAAAAAGUUUCUUAUAAAGGCUACACAAUUCUUCAGCACAUCCAUUUGUUGUUGAGUUUAGACGCCAACAAGGAUCCAUCCAACGAUUAAAUACAUUUUUUUAUAUUUAAAUCAUUUUCGUUUUGUUGGCCGAUAAAGACACUCUAAACUGCCAAAAUGUGUGAUGAUGAUGCUGGUGCUUUAGUUAUAGACAACGGUUCGGGUAUGUGCAAAGCUGGCUUUGCUGGUGAUGACGCCCCCCGUGCUGUCUUCCCCUCCAUUGUUGGUCGCCCACGUCAUCAAGGUGUGAUGGUCGGUAUGGGUCAGAAAGACUCCUAUGUUGGUGACGAGGCUCAGAGCAAACGUGGUAUUCUAACAUUGAAAUAUCCCAUCGAACACGGUAUCAUCACCAAUUGGGAUGAUAUGGAAAAGAUUUGGCAUCACACCUUCUACAAUGAAUUGCGUGUGGCCCCCGAAGAACAUCCAGUAUUAUUGACUGAGGCUCCCUUGAAUCCCAAGGCCAAUCGUGAGAAGAUGACUCAAAUUAUGUUUGAGACAUUCAACUCGCCCGCUAUGUAUGUUGCCAUCCAGGCCGUGUUGUCUUUGUAUGCUUCCGGUCGUACCACUGGUAUUGUAUUGGACUCUGGUGAUGGUGUCUCUCACACAGUGCCCAUCUAUGAAGGUUUUGCCUUGCCUCAUGCCAUUUUGCGUUUGGAUUUGGCCGGUCGCGAUUUGACCGAUUACUUGAUGAAGAUCUUGACUGAACGUGGCUACUCCUUCACCACCACCGCUGAACGUGAAAUUGUUCGUGAUAUUAAGGAAAAGUUGUGCUAUGUUGCUUUGGACUUUGAGCAGGAAAUGGCCACCGCUGCUGCCUCCACCUCUUUGGAAAAGUCUUAUGAAUUGCCCGAUGGUCAAGUCAUUACCAUUGGUAAUGAACGUUUCCGUUGCCCCGAAGCUCUCUUCCAACCCUCUUUCUUGGGCAUGGAAUCUUGCGGUAUCCACGAGACUGUCUACAACUCCAUCAUGAAGUGCGAUGUCGACAUCCGUAAGGACUUGUAUGCCAACUCUGUAUUGUCCGGUGGUACCACCAUGUACCCUGGUAUUGCUGAUCGUAUGCAAAAGGAAAUCACUGCCUUGGCUCCAUCCACCAUUAAGAUUAAGAUCAUUGCUCCACCUGAAAGAAAGUACUCCGUAUGGAUCGGUGGUUCUAUCUUGGCUUCUCUAUCCACCUUCCAACAGAUGUGGAUCUCGAAGCAAGAAUACGAUGAAUCUGGUCCUGGUAUUGUUCACCGCAAAUGCUUCUAAAUCUUUUCGCCGCAAAAGAUUUCGACAAGCUCUAGCCAAGAUCAGAACCUCCAAUUAUGUUUUAAAUACGA